CACACCCUUCCAGUCAAUCAUACGCGCUACUUUGUAGAAGUUAUUGUAAAAGAUAGGGCUACAGGGUGAGAUUUUUUUCCUCCAGUGGUCUAGUCUAACUUCGAUAUAAUAGGUUAUCUUGUUGGGUGAGAUGCCAUAAAAUCGACUCACUUUCAGUUGUGCUCACAGUGGUCAGAACUGAUCUGAUACUAGUUGUUCGGUGAAGUAGGCGACUUGAUUUCUGCUAUGACUAACUUUGAUCACAAGCAAUAAAUAGCCUACAACUCGUGGUCGCUGACAGUCUAUGGAAAAUGUACGUAUACAAUGCGGUAUGAGUGAAGCGAAGUAGACUACUAGACUACAAGAACAAGCAUUCAUGGCUGCCGAUGAGUCAACAGUGAUUGUAACUUUUACUGAAGUCCAAAGUCGCUUCUAGGCUACAAAUGGGUUCCAUGUUUGAUCUGAGCGCUGCUGUAAGACUGUAUUUGCUGUCUUGUUUCGUUGUAUCUGUGGACUUCACUUUAGGCUUGGGACAAAGCCAAGAUACUGAAUUCACGUUUCAACUCCCUGCGGGUAGAACAGAAUGUUUCUACCAAACAGCUACGAAGAACGGAAGCCUGGAAGUAGAAUACCAGGUGAUUGCAGGUGCAGGCCUGGAUGUGGGCUUCACCCUGAUCUCCCCCAGCGGAUACAAGCUGGCCUCUGAGUUCAGGACAUCUGACGGCAUCCACACGGUGGAGCCUACAGAGGACGGAGACUACCGGCUGUGUUUUGACAACAGCUUCAGUAAGCUUUCUGAGAAGAUGGUGUUCUUCGAGGUGAUUGUUGAGGGCCAGCCUGGGGACGCCUGGGGCGACGAAGAGUGGGCUGACAUGGCCGAGCCAGAGAGCAUGGUGGAGUACAAACUGGAAGACAUCAGGGAGACCAUGGACUCAGUGCACAGGCACCUGGAGCGGAGCCGGCAGCUUCAGACCAUGCUGAGGGCCUUCGAGGCCCGGGACCGCUACCUACUGGAGGACAACCUGUGGAGGGUCUCCUUCUGGUCCUCCAUGAGCCUCCUGGUCAUCCUGACCGUGGCCGUCACACAGGUCUACACCCUCCGACGCCUCUUCGACGACAAGAGGGUCUGCAAACCCUAGUGUCCAGUGGUAUCUUCCACGACCCCCACACCCUUCCCAGUGGUAUCUUCCACGACUCCCACACCCUUCCCAGUGGUAUCUUCCACGACUCCCACACCCUUCCCAGUGGUAUCUUCCACGACUCCCACACCCUUCCCAGUGGUAUCUUCCACGACUCCCACACCCUUCCCAGUGGUAUCUUCCACGACUCCCACACCCUUCCCAGUGGUAUCUUCCACGACUCCCACACCCUUCCCAGUGGUAUCUUCCACCACCCCAAACCCUUCCCAGUGGUAUCUUCCACCACCCCCACACCCUUCCCAGUGGUAUCUUCCACAAAGAUGCCAUAGAAGGGUGUUGGGACUAACAGGAACCUACUGUAAAGUAAUGGGUCUCAGAGAUUGAAGAGAGACUAUUGACAACAGUGAUGCGUGGUAAAUGAGGGACUGUUAGUAAGGAUUUAGUGAUGUUUGUGUGUGAUAAGCUUGAUUCAGCUUUUGAGUGGCAGAAAAGUGCAUGUUUGUGAGUCAUAAACACUGUAUGUUUUGACAAUUUAGUGUCAAUCUAUCAAACAAGAUAUCAAUGCAACAGA